UCUGUCGUGCUCCAUCCUUCUCCCUCCCCCUUCCAUCCGUCCGCUCCUCCCCUGUUCGAGGGGCUGCAUCAAUUGCGCGUGGCAUGUAAGGAAGACGCACCCCCAAGGCUCCUUAGGGACCUUCCGGACCACGUACCUCUCCCGAACACCACACCUCAUUGCAUAUACUUGCAGAUUGACGAUGGGGCCUGUCGUCUUCGUGCGCUUGGCGUUUCUAUUGAUGCCGACUGCAGUCGCAGUCCAGCUGCUUGCAGCCAGCAAUUCCUCUAACCCCUGGAUGCUGUAUGCAAACAUCAACCCCUGCGAUGGUGGGAAUAUGGGGUACGGGGCAUCCGCGUGGUACGGCAGUGCUGGGAGCGCCGCCACAAGUCUUACGAACGACUUCGUCGACGGCACAGUGGGGACUGCUCCGGUGAAGUACGUCACCAUCGCUCGGCACGCCGGCGGUGCAUGCGAGAUGUCGAAGACGUGGGAGCUUACGAGCAGCACCAAAUCGAUGUAUGACUAUUUUUCUGACCACAGCCCUGGGAGGAUCUAUGCCACGGGGGAUGGCAGCGCCAGCGACACCCACAUCGCAUCGGACAUGCCGUCAUCUUUCAGUGGGGAUGGCACGCCGGGGGACCCGAUCUUUGGCGCCGAUGGUGGCUUGGUGUUCAACUGGUGGUAUUCGAACAAUGGAGCUCGGGUUGCUGUUCCUGGUGGCUACAAGACCCCGUACUCUCUUCCGGGUACCGGGGAGAACAACGACGACCUCCACGGUCUGGGCAACGAGUUCGGUGCUAACACUCAAGCUGGUGGAGGGAGUGGCAGCUGGUGGCACGAUGCUGCCAAAAUCAUGGGGGACUGCCACGGCACUUCCUGCCAGGUGCUUGGCAGCGACCACGGAAGUGCGUGGGGCAGCACGAACUUUGGCUGCUGGGGCAGCUACGCCAUCUACGUGUCUGCUGCUCUGUCCACUUUCCCCUGCCAGGGCUCGACGCUGUCGGCGCAGGUGUCGGGGGCGGCAGCGGGCGGAGCGGGGGGCGCGGCUGCCGUUGGCGAUCCCCACCUGCAGAACGUUCACGGUGAGCGCUUCGACUUGAUGAAGCCCGGCAAGCAUGUUUUGAUUAACAUCCCCCGUGGAGCGGGCGCUGAAAGUGCCUUGCUUCGCGUGCAGGCCGAUGCGCGCCAGUUGGGCGGACAGUGCGCGGAUAUGUACUUUCAGGAGUUGAACGUGACGGGGUCGUGGGCGGAGGCGAAAAAAGUUGGAGGGUAUCAUUUCAGCGUGUCGCAAGAUGGCGACGUCGCGACCUCAGAAUGGGUUGCUUUCGGUAAGGUCGGGCUCAAAGUCGUUCAUGGGCGCACGGGCAGUGGUCUGUCGUACUUGAACGUGUACAUGAAGCAUUUAGGGCGAGCUGGAUUUGCCGUGGGAGGUCUGCUGGGUGAAGACGACCACACGGGCGUAGUCACCCCUCCAGAGGCAUGUGCCAACCGCUUGGCCCUGUGACAGUGCAGAGGGGGGCCAAACAGCCCCCUCAGUGCUCUCAGUCGCAGAGGUAAGCCUCGCCUGACCAUGCUUCACUGCUUCCACUGGUGGUUCUCUGCUGCUGCUGCUGCUGCUGCUGCUCCUCUUCCUGUCUGCGGUCGGCGAUCUGUCCAUGUCAGCCGCUUCGAGCUGUUUCGCGCAUGGGUGUAUAUACGUUCUUGACGCUUCCUGUCCGACCUGUCCGCACCGGUCUUGGUGUCAAGGCGCGGCGCUUCCUCAGUGGCACUUUUUUUGAACCAACUAGUAGCCACGCUGUUUCUGUUCAGAUGCCCGGCGUGGGAUAUACAUGUUGGCUGGCACGCGAGCAGGUAAGAGCGAACAAUGACGAUCUGGCCCGCGACCCACUCGCGAUCUGGCCCGCGACCCUCCCGCGACCCGCCCGCGAACCACCCGCGAC